AUGAGCUCCUCUGCUAACCUCGUGGUGGACGACUGUACCUGUGAUAAGCUCCUGUCUCACCUGAGGGGCCUGGAUCAGCACCAGCUGGAGGAAUUCAAACUUGGCCUCCAGUCCCCACAGCUGCUGCCUGAGAACUUCCGGCAGAUCCCCUGGGCCAACUUGAAGGUCGCUGAUCCCACUAACCUGCUGUGUCUGUUGAGUGAAUACUUCCCGGAAAGGCAGAUGUGGGAAAUGACACUCAGAAUCUUUGAGAACAUGAAUCUGACUUCACUGUGUGAAGAAGUUAGAGCAGAAAUGGAUGAGAUGGCCCAGAUGCAGGGACCCCAAAACUCCAACCAAGAGGAACCAGAGAUGCCAGGAGAAGAAUCAGUCCACAGAAAAACAUACAGAGAGAGGAUGAAGGCUAAAAUGCUGGUGAUGUGGGACAACAUCCCUUGGCCGGAAGACCAUAUAUACCUCCGCGAUGUGACAGAGAACGAGCAUGAAGCGCUGAAGAGCCUGGUGUAUCCUAACAGGACCGGAGCCCAGCCCCAGACUAUAGUCUUGGAGGGGAUGGCAGGGGUUGGGAAGACUACGCUGGUGGUGAAGGUCAUGCUGCAUUGGGCAGAGGGCUUUCUCUUUCACCAUAAGUUCUCCUAUGUUUUCUACAUCAGCUGCCAUCAAGUGAGAAAGAUGAGGGACACCACCUUUGCUGACCUGCUUUCCCAGGACUGGCCCAACUCACAGGCCCCCAUUGAAGAAUUCAUGAGUCACCCCGAGAAGCUUCUGUUUAUCAUUGAUGGCUUUGAGGAAAUGACCAUGCCUUCCAACUUGGCUGACAGUCUGCCAUGUACAGACUGGUACCAGCAGCUCCCAGUGGCCAGAAUCCUAUUCUACUUGUUGAAGAAAGAACUGGCCCCCAUGGCUACCUUACUGAUCACGACCAGGGACGGUAGGAGUGAAGAUCUUAAAAAGUUGUUACUAAACCCCCGAUUUGUACUAAUCUCAGGGUUCACAGAAGGAGACCAGGAGGAGUAUUUCUUCAGGUACUUUGGGGACCAAGACAAAGCCAGGAAAAUCUUGCGUUGGAUAAGAAAUAACAAAACUCUAUUUCAUUCUUGCUCCGCCCCCCUGGUGUGCUGGAUUGUGUGUUCCUGCCUGAAGCGACAGAUGACAAGAUAUCCUCAUUUCCAGCUGAGCGCCCUGAACACCACCAGUCUGUAUGCCUAUUUCUUCUCCAGCUCAUUUGCAACAGCAGACUUCAAUUGGUCAGGGCAGAGUUGGCCAGAGCAAUGGAGGGCCCUCUGCUCUCUUGCUGCAGAUGGGAUGUGGUCUUCAAACUUCACAUUUGCAAAAGAGGACAUAGAACAUUGGCACCUGCAGGCACCACUCAUUGAUUUUCUCUUCAGGAUGAAUAUUCUUCAGAAGGUCAGUGACUGUGAGGAUUGUAUUACCUUCACUCACCAAAGUCUCCAGGUGUUUUUGGGGGCUAUGUUCUAUGUACUCAGGGGAACAGAGGGAUCCACCAGGGGUCUCUCAACUCAUCAAGAGAUGAGGGUACUACUGAAUGAUGUCUUCACUGACACAAACGUCUACUGGCAUCAAAUGGCUCUUUUUUUCUUUGGUCUCUUAAAAAGAGACCUUGCAAGAGAACUGGAAGAUACUCUGCAUUGUAGGCUGUCUCCCAGGAUAAUGGAUGAAUUGUUAGAAUGGGCAGAAGAUUUAUCGAAGUAUGACAUAGUCUCCUUCCAUUUUGAAUUCCUCAUGUUUUUUCAGUGCUUAUAUGAAACACACGAGGAGAACUUUGUAAAGCAGAUUUUGGAUUACCUCCCUGAAGCUGACCUGGACAUUUUUGGGGACCUACAACUCCGAGUUAUUUCAUUUUGCCUAAAGCACUGUCAAAGGUUAGGUAAGCUAAGGCUUUCUGUCAGCUGUCUCAACCCUCAAAAGGAGUCGACUUUCAACUGGCAAACUCUGGGAAUGAGUCUUGUCAAUUCCAAGAUACAUCAGUGGGAGGAUAUUUGUUCUGUGUUCCACAAUGGGAACCUGAAUGAGCUGGACCUGAGUAACAGCAAGCUAAAUGCUACAUCUAUGAAGAAACUCUGUUAUGAGCUGAGAAAUCCAAGGUGCAAACUUCAAAAACUAACGUGCAAAUCUGUAACCCCUGUGAGGGUUCUGAAGGAGCUGGUCCUGGUACUUUAUGGUAACAGCAGGCUGACCCAUCUGAACUUGAGCUCUAACAACUUGGGAAUUACAGUAUCCAUGAUGAUCUUUAGAACCUUGAGACACUCAGCCUGCAACCUCAAGUAUCUGUGGUUGGAGUCGUGUGGCCUCACCUCUCUGGUUUGUCGGUGUCUCUUUCUGGAGCUCAGCAAGAACUCCAGCCUGCAUUUCCUCAGCCUGGGGGACAAUGACCUCUCUGAUAUCCAGGAGAAAGGACCGCAGAAGUCUUUUGACAUGUCAAAGUCUGCCCUGAAGGAGCUGUGCCUGGAGAAAUGCAACCUGUCGGUGGCCAGCUCUGAGGGGCUGGCGUUGCUUCUCACCAGCACCGAGAGAACAACUCGGCUGUGCCUGGGGUUUAAUCAGCUCCAAGAUGAUGGUGUAAGGUGGCUGUGCACUCUCCUGACACAACCUGAGUGUGCCUUAGAGAGAUUGGUGCUCUGGUUCUGCCAGCUUGGGGUGCCCAGUUGCAGGUAUUUGUCAGAUGCUCUCCUCCAGAACAAGAGUCUGACGCACCUGAAUCUGAGGAAGAACCACCUGGGAGAUGAGGGGAUAAGGCUUCUGUGUGGAGCACUGAGACGUCCAGACUGCAGCCUGCAGAACCUGGAUUUGUCAGAGUGUUUUGUCACAGCGGAGGGCUGUGGGGGGCUGGCUGACGUCCUCAAACACAAUCAGAAUGUGAAGGUUUUGGAUAUUGGGAGAAACCGUGUCCAGGAUGACGGAGUGAGGAGACUGUGUGAGGUUCUCCACCGUUCGCAGUGUGCACUGAACACACUUGGGUUGGAAAAAUGCGAUCUGACGUCUGCUUGCUGCCAGCAUCUCGCCUCCGUUCUCAGAAGCAGUAAAAGCCUGGUGAAUCUGAACCUUUUAGGAAAUGACUUGGGGUCUGAUGGAGUCAACAAGCUGUGGAAGUCCUUGAAAAAAUCAAAGUGCAAACUACGCAAACUCGGGCUGGAAAAAGACUUGUACAAUAUAGUAAAAGAGGAGUUGGAGGAAUUACAGGAGAAGGGAUCUUACCUGAGAAUCGUGUGUAAGUGGGAUUUUUAUGACCUUGAAGACAAAUGGUGGUGGUGACCCAAGGAGAGGCCACCACUUUUCCCUGGAAGGUUCUUGGAGCACAAACACCAGCAAGUCCUGACUUAUGUGUCACUCAGAUGUCAGGACAAGUGAGCUGUUACCUCCAUUGUUUUUCCAGUUUGUUGUAGGCAGCAUUUAAAUACCGAAUCUCCAGAAUUCUAAUCUAAUACUAUUUUUGACCUGAAG